CCCCACCCGCGGCGCCCACCGACCCUGUUUCCCGGCUGCGGGAGGGGCCGGGGUGGGGGCAGCAGGCACCCAUGGGACCCCGGCGACAUCCCCGGAGCGCAGAGCGCUUCCGACCCGCCCAUCCCGGGGCGCGGAGGAGCUUUUGCGCCCCGGCGGUGCUGCCCCCAGGAAGUGGCCGGGGCACGGGCGGGUAGUGGACGGGGACAGCCGGACCGGGGCCUGCAGCUCCGCCCGGGAAUCCUGCGCCUGCACGAAUUGCAACAACGGAAAAGUGAAGUUGCAAAAACAGAUUCCUAACUUUUACGAGGGAGGCAUCGCCCCUUCCGGACCGCACCGCGCAGCGUCCUCCCGACUUGGCGAAGUCGCCCGAGCGUGGGGUUCAAGGCCGGAGUGGGCAGCCCUCCCGGAUGGCUGCCUGCAAGCCGGGCACCAGCGCGGGUGUUGAGUCGUCCCAGCAGGACGCAUGGAGUGUCCCUCGUGCCAUCAUGUCUCCAAGGAGGAAGCCCCCAGGUUCUGCAGCCAGUGCGGAGAGAGGCUGCCUCCUGCAGCCCCCAUAGCAGAUUCUGAGAACAAUAACUCCACAAUGGCGUCAGCCCCGGAGGGCGAAAUGGAGUGUGGGCAGGAGCUGGAGGAGGAAGGGGGCCCGUGCUUGUCCCCGGGCUCAGACAGUUGGCAAGAAAACCCUGAUGAGCCCGGUUCCGACGGCUCCUGGACCAUCCAAGAAGGAGCUGCGUCAGAGUUUUUGGUAGAUGCUACUGUAGACCUCAUAUCCGAUGAGUGGGAAGCUGCUCAUGCCAUACCCCGCAAGAGAAGGAAGCAGGACGCAGCCCCGCUUGAGGCCGCCGGCGUGCCUUCUGCAGACUGUGAGCAGAGCAAAAAGAAGAAAAGGAAGAAGAAUAAGAAUCUGAACAACUCCGCUUCCUCAGAGCUGGAUUCCUUGCCCCUGUCUCCUGCCAGCCCCUGUCAUCUGACUUUGCUUUCAAACCCGGAGCCUCAGGACGCAGCCCGGCCCCACAGCCAAGCCCAGCAGAGUGGCCCGACUGGCCAGCCGAGCCAGCCCCCGGGCACAGCCACCAUACCACUGGAGGGUGACGGUCCCUUCGUGCCCACCAAGGUUGGUGACAGCCCCCUGCAGGCUCAGGCUUUGGGAGAAGCAGGAGUGGCCACAGGAGGUGAGGCUCAGAGCAGCCGCCAACCCCAGGACCACACAGAAGGGGAGGACAAGGACGCUUCCAUCCCCUCUGGGGGCAGAGGCCUGUCCCAGGAGGGGGCCGGUCCCCCCACCUCUGCUGGUGAAGGCCGUUCUGGGAAUGAAGAUGCUGCCCAGGAGCUCCUGUUGCCUGAGUCGAAAGGGGGCAGCUCUGAGCCCGGGACAGAACCGCAGACCACCAGGCAGCAGGCGGGGACCCCAGCCUCUACGGCAGUUGAUGCUGCAGCUGAGCCAGCCAAUGCAGUUAAAGGGGCUGGGAAGGAAAUGAAAGAGAAGAUCCAGGGAAUGAAACAGCCGCCAACAACCACUGCUGCUUCCAAAACACACUGCCAGGAAGCUGAGACCAAGACCAAGGACGAGACGGCUACUGCUGGAGAAAAAGUCGGUAAAAAUGAGCAAGGGGAGCCUGAAGACCCCAAGAAGCCAGAGGGGAAGAACAAAAGUGCAGCUGCUGCGAAAAAGGAGAAGGAACAAAAAAACCAGAAAGCGGGUGUCCAGGAAGUGAAGGCAAGGACGCUGAGCCCGGGCAGAGGAGUCACCGUGUACUUCCACGCCAUCAUCUCUAAUCAUUUCUCAUUCAAUCCCGACCACCAUAAAGUCUUCAUCAGAGGCGGAGAAGAACUCGGCGAGCCGAAAUGGAGCAGGAAUGUCUGUGAGCUGCACUGCACCAGAGACUUACAUCGUGAUGGCAUUCUUGUUGAAGGCAGCGCCGUCAUUUCCAAGAAAUACCUAAAUAAAUACAUUCCUUACAAGUACGUCAUUUGUAAUAACAAGGGCUCUGCUGAGUUUGAGUUCAUCUACAAGCGCCAGCAGAAGGAGGGCGAGCACGUCAACCGCUGUCUGUUCAUAAAAUCUUCACUUUUGGGCUCAGGAGACUGGCAUCAGUACGAUGACAUAGUUUGUAUGAGGCCUCCCGGGAAAUUUCAGAAAGUCAUGAACCAUAUCGCAGACUUCACGAGGAAGGACCUGGUGAAGGGGAAGCAGAUUGCCGCCACGGUCAUGCUGGAUGGCAUCUUCAGCAUCCUGCAGACCUGGGACACCAUCAACCUCAACAACUUCUUCACCCAGUUCCAGCAGUUUUAUUUUGUCGUGCGGCAGCCUAUGAUUUAUGAAGGACACGCACAGCCGUGGACCGCUUUGCAGUACGGGGAGAAAGAGGUGAAGAAAGACCUGUGGGAAUAUCUGCAGAAGCACAUGGCACCAUUUCUGGAGAGAAAAAGCGUGGACCUUUUCCCUAAAGACUGCCCAGUGAGGAGUAAACUGAAAAUGGGCCUCAUUGUCCUUUUUGUGGUGGAAAAAUUUCAGUUAGAAGACAACCUGACCUCAGUGUGUCACCUCCUGUCCUCGGAUGCCAGCUCACCAGAUGAGCUUCACAGUGACCUAAGCCACAUCCUUGGGACAUCUCAGAGCUGGCGGCUGUACCUGGUGAACCUGUGCCAAAGGUGCAUGGACAAAAGUAUGUACCACUGGCUGGGCACCCUGCCUGUCCUGCACUGCUGUAUGGAACUGCUUCCGCGGCACAAGGACGCCUGGAGCCAGCCUGAGGACACCUGGGCCGCUCUGGAGGGAAUCUCUUUCUCACAGUUCCGGGAACAAACGCAAGAUACGAGCUUCUUACUUCGGUUUAUGAGCCAGAAUAAGCAUUUGCUGAGCGUGGAUGAGCCCCUCUUCCGAUCCUGGUUUAGUCUGCUACCUCUGAGUCACCUGGUUCCGUAUAUGGAAAACUUCAUUGAGCACCUGGGUCAUUUUCCUGCUCAUGUCCUGGACUGUUUUCUAGGAACUUACUACCGCCUGCGGGGACUUCAGAAAAUCUCCUCCCGGAAUAUGCAGGAUGUUCUGAACAUUUUAAAAAUGCUGUUGCACCUCCUGGACACUUACCAGGACAAGAUUCCCGAGGAGGCCUUGUCACCAUCCUACCUGACGGUGUGUCUGAAGCUGCACGAAGCCGUCUGCAGCAGCACAAAGACACAUGAGUUUUAUGAGCUGCCAGCCUUAUCUGCCGAGAUUGUCUGCAGGAUGAUUAUACUUCUAUCUCUGGUGGAUUCUGCAGGACAGGGAGAUGAAACUGGAAAUAAUUCAGUCCAAACAGUCUUCCAAGGGACCCUUACUGCUACGAAAAGGUGGCUCCGAGAAGUUUUUACAAAUAACAUGCUCGUAUAUUCAGGUGUCUCCUUCACAUACCACAAGGAAAUUGAGGUCUGGAGGCGGCUGGUGGAAAUCCACUUCCCCGUGGAGCAUGGCUGGAAGGAGUCGUUGCUGGAAGACAUGGAAUGGAGGCUCAAACAGGAGAAGCCCCUCUCCCAGAUCACUGCCUACUGCAGUAGUCACUGGGACAGCGAAGGCUUAGAGGACAGUGUGGCCAAGACCUUUGAGAAAUGCAUCAUUGAAGCCGUGAGCUCAGCCUGCCAGUCUCAGACCAGUAUCCUUCGGGGGCUCUCUUGCUAUAAUCUGCAGAAAUUUGGUACCCUCUUGUCUGCUGUGAUCACCAAGUCCUGGCCUAGGAACAAUGGGGAAGCCGUGGACAACUUGGAUGACAUUUUAAAACAUCUGCUCACGUGGGCAGAUGUCAAGCAUCUCUUCAAAUUGUGUGGAACCAAUGAGGAAAUACUAGCAAAUAUUACAGAGGAUGGCAAGAAGUUGAUGGGUGCUGCUGACUCUGUGUUCACGAAAAUUGCUGGUGACCUCCGAAAUGGAACGAUUUUAGUUGGACAACUGGAGCUGAUUAUAAAGCACAAGAAUCAGUUUCUUGACAUCUGGCAACUGAAGGAAAAAAGUGUUUCACCCCAGGAUGACAAACGUACUAUGGAGGAAGCACUGAAUUGGAGAACGGAGGAACUGUUAUUUCUAGAGAAAGAGAAAAGAUGUGUUGAUAGUCUCCUGAAGAUGUGUGGGAAUGUGAAACACCUAAUACAAGUGGACUUUGGAGAACUUGCAACAAGACACUCACAAGACCUCAGCAGUAAAAGAUUAAACGAAGCCGUGACGGUGAGACCGCCCACCUCCUCAAACUCACAGAGGGAAACGCAUUACCACCUGAGCUCCCAGGUCCGAGAAAUGGCUGGAAAGAUCGACUUGCUCAGAGACAGCCACAUCUUCCAGAUCUUUUGGCGGAAAGCCGCAGAGCCACUGAGUGAGCCUCGGGAAGAACAGGAAGCCGCAGAGUUGCUGAGCGAGCCCGAAGAAGAAUCAGAAAAGCACAUCCUUAAGCUUGAAGAGGUGUACGACUAUUUGUAUCAGCCUUCUUACAGAAAGUUCAUUAAACUGUACCAGGAUCUAAAGUCAGGAGAGGUCACCCUUGCAGAGAUUGAUGUCAUCUUCAAGGACUUUGUGAAUAAAUACACGGACCUGGCUUCAGAACUUAAGAUCAUGUGCACUGUGGACCACCAGGGCCAACGUGAUUGGAUCAAGGAGCGAGUCGAACAGAUCAAGGAAUACCAUCACCUGCACCAGGCCGUCCACGCAGCCAAGGUCAUCUUGCAGGUCAAAGAGAGCUUGGGACUGACCGGUGACUUCAGUGUUCUCAACACUUUACUAAAUUUUACUGAUGACUUUGACAAUUUUGGCCAUGAAACCCUGGACCAAAUCAACCAGGAGCUCAUCCAGGCCAAAAAGCUGCUCCAGGACAUCAGCGAGGCCCGGUGCGAGGGGCUGAAGGCUCUGUCCCUGAGGAAGGAGUUCAUCCGCUGGGUCCGGGAGGCUCUUGGAGGCAUCAACGAGCUGAAGGUGUUUGUGGACCUGGCCUCCAUCUCAGCGGGGGAGAAUGACAUUGACGUGGACCGGGUGGCCUGUUUCCAUGACGCCGUGCAGGGCUACGCAUCCCUGCUGUUUAAGCUGGACCCCAGGGUGGGCUUCGAUGCAUUCAUGAAGCAUCUGAAAGAGCUGUGGAAGGCUCUGGACAAUGACCAGUACCUGCCCAGGAAACUGUGUGACUCUGCCAGGAACCUGGAGUGGCUGAAGACUGUGAAGGAGAGUCAUGGGUCUGUGGAACUCUCAUCCCUGACCCUGGCCACGGCCAUCAACCAGAGAGGCAUGUAUGUGAUCCAUGCACCCAAAGGUGGCCAAAAGAUUUCCCCAGACACGGUUCUGCACUUGGUCCUUCCUGGGAUCCCUGGCAGCCACGAGGAGCCACGGGAGUACUGUUUAGAGGAGCUGAAGGAGCUUUUGAACAAGUUGAUGCUGAUGUCUGGCAAGAAGGAUCAUAACAACACGGAAGUGGAGAGGUUUUCAGAGGUCUUCUGCAGCGUGCAGAGGCUCAGCCAGGCCUUCAUCGACCUGCGCUCUGCUGGGAAUAUGCUGUUCAGGACCUGGACCGCCAAGGCCUACUGCUCCCCCAAGCAGGGUGUGUCCAUCCGAAUGAACUUUGGCUUGGAGCUGGUGACGGAGCUGGUGGAGGGUGGAGAUGUCACUGAGCUGCUGGCAGCCCUCUGCAGGCAGAUGGAACACUUCCUUGACAGCUGGAAGAAAUUCGUGACCCAGAAGCGGACGGAGCACUUCUACCUGAACUUCUACACGGCAGAGCAGCUGGUUUCCCUGAGCACUGAGCUCAGGAAGCAGCCUCCCAGUGACGCCGCUCUAACGAUGCUGUCCUUCAUCAAAAGCAACUGCACCCUGAUGGAUGUCUUAAGGGCCUCUGUGGGGUGCGAGAGUGAGGCCGCCAGGUACCGUGUGAGGACAGUCACGGAAGAGCUCCCACUGAUGCUCUUCUCGGAGUUCAGCCUGGCGGACAAGCUAAGGGUCAUCAUGGAGCAGUCCAUGGAGUGCCUUCCUGCCUUCCUGCCCGACUGCCUCGACCUAGAGACCCUUGGCCGCUGUCUGGCUCACCUGGCGGGGAUGGGUGGGUCUCCCGUGGAGCGGCAUCUCCCGAGAGGUCUGCAAGUCGGCCAGCCCAACUUGGUUGUGUGUGGCCACUCGGAGGUGUUGCCAGCCGCCCUGGCUGUCUACAUGCAAACCCCGAGCCAGCCCCUGCCCACCUACGAUGAGGUGCUGCUCUGCACCCCGGCAACCACCUUUGAGGAGGUGGCACUGCUGCUGCGCCGCUGCCUGACCCCGGGCUCCCCGGGGCACAAGGUCUACAGCCUGCUGUUCGCAGAUCAGCUGAGCUACGAGGUGGCGCGUCAAGCCGAGGAGCUCUUCCAGAAACUGUGCAUGCAGCAGCACCGCGAAGACUACCAGCUCGUCAUGGUCUGCGAUGGGGACUGGGAGCAUUGCUACCUCCCCUCUGCCUUCAGCCAGCACAAGGUCUUCGUCACCCCCCAGGCACCCCUCGAGGCCAUCCAAGCCUACCUGGCAGAUCACUACCGGGUCCCGAAGCAGACCCUGUCGGCGGCGGCCGUGUUCAAGGACCGCCUGUGUGUUGGGAUCGUGGCCUCCGAGCGAGCAGGUGUUGGAAAGUCUCUCUACGUGAAGAGGUUGCACGACAAGCUAAAGAUACAGUUAAACAGGAAAAAGGUGCCUCUGAAAACGAUUCGACUGAUCGACCCUCAGGUGGAUGAGAGCCAAGUCCUGGGUGCCCUGCUGCCCUUCCUGGACGCGCAGUAUCAGAAGGUCCCCAUGCUCUUUCAUUUGGACGUGACCUCCUCAGUGCAGACUGGAAUUUGGGUGUUUCUUUUCAAGCUCCUCAUUUUACAAUACUUAAUGGAUAUAAACGGGAAAAUGUGGCUUCGGAACCCCUGCCAUUUGUAUAUCAUUGAAAUCCUGGAAAGGAGGACGUCAGUGCCGUCGAGGAGGUCUUCCAAGCUGCGUACACGUGUCCCCCAGUUCAGUUUUCUUGACAUCUUCCCAAAAGUCACCUGCAGGCCUCCCAAAGAGGUGAUAGACAUGGAGCUGAGUCCUCAGAGGGGUGACACAGAGCCUGGGAUGGAUCAGUGGGAGUUCUGCAGCGAAACUUUCCAAAGACCUUACCAAUAUUUAAGACGAUUCCAUCAAAACCAAGACCUAGACAUGUUUGAGUAUCAGGAAGGCUCUGUCGAAGGCACCCCGGAGGAAUGCCUCCAGCAUUUCCUGAUUUACUGCGGGGUAAUAAACCCAUCCUGGUCAGAGCUUCGGAACUUUGCUCGGUUCCUGAAUUAUCAGCUCCGAGAUUGCGAGGCGUCUCUCUUCUGUAAUCCGAGUUUUAUUGGCGACACACUGAGAGGCUUCAAGAACUUUGUGGUGACCUUCAUGAUCUUUAUGGCAAGAGAUUUUGCCACACCAACACUCCAUACCUCUGACCAAAGCCCGGGGAAGCACAUGGUCACCAUGGAUGGGGUUAAGGAAGAAGAUCUAGCACCCUUCUCUCUCCGGAAGAGGUGGGAGUCGGAGCCUCACCCAUACGUUUUCUUCAAUGACGACCGCACCACCAUGACGUUCAUCGGCUUCUAUCUGCAGCCCAACAGCAAGGGCAGUGUCGACGCCAUCAAUCACUUGACUGGGAAGGUCAUCAAGAGAGAUGUCAUGACCAUGGACCUGUAUCAGGGGCUGCUGCUCCAGAGGGUGCCCUUCAAUGUCGACUUUGAUAAACUGCCCAGACACGAGAAACUUGAGAGGCUCUGCCUGACCUUAGGGAUCCGCUGGGCCAUUGACCCGGACGAAACGUAUGAGCUCACGACAGACAAUAUGCUUAAGAUCCUUGCCAUUGAGAUGCGGUUCCGGUGUGGGAUCCCGGUUAUCAUCAUGGGAGAAACUGGCUGUGGCAAAACCAGGCUUAUUAAAUUCCUUAGCGACCUGCGGCGUGCUGGUGCCGAUGCUGACACCAUAAAGCUGGUCAAGGUGCAUGGAGGAACAACCGCAGACAUGAUCUACUCCAGAGUCAGGGAGGCUGAAAAUGUGGCCUUCGCCAAUAAGGAUCAACAUCAGUUGGACACCAUCUUGUUUUUUGAUGAAGCCAACACCACGGAAGCUGUAAGCUGUAUCAAAGAAGUCCUGUGUGAUCGUACGGUGGACGGCCAGCCCCUGGCUAGGGACUCUGGCCUGCAUAUUAUAGCCGCCUGCAACCCAUACCGGAAGCACUCUGAGGAGAUGAUCUGCCGUUUGGAGUCAGCUGGUUUGGGCUACAGGGUGAGUGCAGAGGAGACGGCCGACAAGCUGGGCUCCAUUCCUCUGAGGCAGCUGGUGUACCGAGUCCACGCUCUGCCCCCGAGCCUGAUUCCUCUGGUGUGGGACUUUGGACAACUGAGUGACGCUGCUGAAAAGCUCUACAUCCAGCAGAUUGUCCAGAGACUGGUUGACUCCAUCAGCCUAGAUGAAAACGAGACUCGCGUGAUCACAGAAGUCCUCUGCGCCUCUCAGGGUUUCAUGAGGAAAAGAGAAGAUGAGUGUGGUUUUGUCAGCCUCAGGGACGUGGAGCGUUGUGUGAAAGUUUUCAGAUGGUUCCACGAGCACAGUGCGAUGCUCUUAGCGCAGCUGAAUUCCUUUCUCUCCAAGUCCAGCGUCAGCAAAAAUCACCUUGAGAGAGAUCCCGUCCUCUGGUCGUUGAUGCUGGCCGUCGGGGUGUGUUACCACGCCUCUUUAGAAAAGAAAGACUCAUAUCGGAAGGCCAUCGCCAGGUUCUUUCCAAAACCGUAUGACGACAGCAGGCUGCUUCUGGAUGAAAUAACGCGGGCACAGGAUCUUUUUCUGGACGGCAUACCUCUGAGGAAAACCAUCGCCAAGAACUUGGCCUUGAAGGAGAACGUCUUCAUGAUGGUCAUCUGCAUCGAGCUGAAGAUUCCCCUCUUCCUGGUGGGGAAGCCCGGCAGCUCCAAGUCCCUCGCCAAGACCAUCGUGGCCGACGCCAUGCAGGGCCCGGCCGCCUACUCAGAUCUCUUCCGCAGCCUGAAGCAGGUCCACCUGGUGUCGUUCCAGUGCAGCCCGCACUCCACCCCACAGGGCAUCAUUGGCACCUUCCGGCAGUGUGCCCGCUUUCAGCAGGGGAAGGACCUGCAGCAGUAUGUCUCCGUGGUGGUGUUAGAUGAGGUGGGGCUGGCGGAAGACUCGCCCAAAAUGCCCCUGAAGACUCUGCACCCGCUGCUGGAAGAUGGAUGCAUUGAAGACGAUCCCGCCCCCCACAAAAAGGUUGGCUUUGUGGGCAUCUCCAACUGGGCCCUUGACCCUGCCAAGAUGAACCGGGGCAUUUUCGUGUCACGCGGCAGCCCCAACAAGCGAGAGCUCAUAGACAGUGCCAAGGGCAUCUGCUCCUCAGACAGCCUCAUCCAGGACCGAAUCCAAGGGUACUUUGCGUCCUUUGCCAAAGCCUACGAAACGGUGUGUGAGAACCAGGACAAGGAAUUCUUUGGGCUUCGUGACUACUACAGCCUCAUCAAAAUGGUCUUUGCUGCAGCGAAGGCUUCAAAUAGAAAGCCUUCCCCGCAAGACAUUGCACAGGCUGUCCUUAGGAACUUCAGUGGCAAGGAUGACAUCCAUGCUUUAGACAUCUUCCUGGCCAAUUUGCCCGAGGCCAAGUGCUCAGAGGAAGUGAGUCCCCUGCAGCUGAUCAAACAGAACAUCUUUGGGCCUUCUCAGAAGGUCCCGGGUGGACAGCUGGAAGAUGCUGAGUCCCGCUACUUACUCUUGCUGACCAAAAACUACGUGGCACUGCAGAUCCUGCAGCAGACGUUCUUCAAGGAGGACCAGCAGCCGGAGAUCAUUUUUGGUUCUGGUUUCCCCAAGGACCAGGAGUACACCCAGAUCUGCAGAAACAUCAAUCGUGUGAAGAUCUGCAUGGAAACAGGCAAGAUGGUGGUGCUCCUCAACCUGCAGAACCUCUACGAGAGCCUCUACGACGCGCUCAACCAGUACUACGUCCACCUCGGCGGCCAGAAGUACGUGGACCUCGGUCUGGGGACCCACCGCGUCAAAUGUCGGGUUCACCCCAACUUCCGCCUGAUCGUCAUUGAAGAGAAAGACAUCGUGUACAAACACUUUCCCAUCCCCCUCAUUAACCGGCUGGAGAAGCACUAUCUGGACAUCAACACGGUGCUGGAGAAAUGGCAGAAGAGCGUCGUGGAGGAGCUCCGUGCGUGGGUGGAGAAGUUCAUCGAUGUCAAAGCAGAGCAUUUCCUGAACAGGCACAAAUACAGCCCCUCUGACGUCUUCAUCGGCUACCACUCGGAUGCCUGCGCCUCUGUGGUGCUGCAGGUCAUAGAGAGGCAGGGUCAUAGAGAGGCCUUGACGGAGGAACUUUACCAGAAGGUGGCUGAGGAGGCCAGACUGAUCCUGCUGAACUGCGCUACGCCCGAUGCCGUGGUCCGGCUGAGCGCCUCCUCGCUGGGCUCGUUCCCAGGGAAGUCGCUGUCACAGGAGUACUUCUACAGACAGAGGCACAACUCCUUUGCAGAUUUCCUUCAGAUGCACCUGCACACGACAGACCUGGAGCGCCAUGCCAUCUUCACAGAGAUCACCACUUUCUCCAGGCUGCUAACAAGUCACGACUGUGAAAUUUUAGAAUCAGAAGUCACAGGCAGGGCUUCGAAACUCACACUCCUGUGGCUGCAGCGGUUUGACACGGAGAUCUCAUUCCUCAAAGAAGUCCGAAACUGUUUAAUGAAUACAGCCAAAUGUAAAAUCCUCAUUAUUCAGACAGAUUUUGAAGAUGGAAUCCAUAGUGCCCAACUCAUUGCCUCAGCUAAGUAUUCUGCUAUAAAUGAAAUCAACAAAAUACAAGAAAACGAGGACCGUAUCUUCGUCUAUUUCAUCACAAAACUGUCCCGGAUGGGAAGAGGAACAGCUUAUGUGGGCUUCCAUGGAGGGCUGUGGCAGUCUGUCCACAUCGAUGACCUCCGGAGAUCCACCCUCAUGGUUUCAGAUAUGACCAGGCUGCAGAGUGUCACCAUCAGCCAGCUGUUCGCGCCCGGAGACUUGCCUGAGUUGGGCUUGGAACACCGGGCAGAAGACGGCCGUGAGGAGGCGAUGGAAACGGAGGCCAGCACGUCAGGGGAGGUGGCAGAGGAGGCCAUGGAAACAGAAGGUUCUGAGAAGGUGGGAAAGGAAACCUCUGAACUCGGAGGCAGUGACGUGUCGAUCCUGGACACCACCAGGCUGCUGAGGAGCUGUGUGCAGAGCGCCGUGGGCAUGCUCAGAGACCAGAACGAGAGCUGCACGCGCAAUAUGCGGAGGGUGGUGCUCCUCCUGGACCUCUUAAACGAGGACAGCACGUGCCACGCCUGUUUCUUGCGGGUAUCCAAGAUGCGCCUCAAUGUCCUUUUAAAGACGCAAGAAGAGAGCCAGUUGCACACUCUGGAGUGGGUGGCGAGAGAAGCCUGCAACCAGGACGCCCUCCAGGAGGCGGGCACAUUCAGGCACACCCUCUGGAAGCGGGUCCAAGGUGCUGUCACCCCUCUGCUGGCGAGCAUGAUAUCAUUCAUCGACAGAGACGGCAACCUUGAGCUACUGACUAGGCCAGAUACUCCGCCCUGGGCAAGAGACCUUUGGAUGUUUAUUUUCAGUGACAUGAAGCUUCUGAACAUUCCUCUUGUGAUGAAUAAUGCAAGACAUAAAGGUGAGAUGGCCUACAUCAUGGUGCAGAACUACAUGAACCUUUCCGAGAACGCUUCCAACAACGUACCUUUCAGCUGGAGAAUCAAGGACUAUCUGGAGGAGCUGUGGGUCCAGGCUCAGUACAUCACAGACGCAGAAGGACUGCCAAAGAAGUUCGUGGACAUCUUUCAGCAGACUCCUCUGGGCAGGUUUCUCGCCCAGCUCCAUGGAGAGCCGCAGCAGGAGCUUCUUCAGUGUUACUCGAAGGACUUCAUUCUCUUGACCAUGCGUGUGGCAACGGAGGAGGAGUUAGAGUUUCUGCAGAUGGCUCUGUGGUCCUGCAUUAGGGAACUGAAAGCGGCGUCAGAAGCGCCGGAGGAAGAGGUUUCCUUACCGUGGGUGCACCUUGCCUACCAGCGUUUCAGAAGCCGGCUGCAGAACUUCUCCAGGAUCCUGACCAUCUACCCUCAGGUUCUCCACAGCCUGACGGAAGCCCCUCGGAACCAUGAGCUGGCUGGAUGUGAGAUGACCCUGGACGCGUUUGCCGCGAUGGCCUGCACGGAGAUGCUGACGAGAGACACCCUGAAGCCCAGUCCCCAGGCGUGGCUACAGUUGGUGAAGAAUCUUUCUGUGCCACUGGAGCUCAUCUGUUCCGAUGGGCACAUGCAAGGCAGUGGGAGCCUGGCCCAGGCUGUCAUCAGGGAAGUCAGAGCCCAAUGGAGUCGGAUUUUCUCCACCGCACUCUUUGUGGAGCAUGUGCUCCUAGGAACCGAGAGCCGGGUCCCCGAGUUAUGCAGGCUGGUGACCGAGCACGUCUUCUUACUAGACAAGUGUCUUCGAGAGAACUCCGACGUCAAGAUGCACAGGCCUUUUGAGGCCGUGAUGAGCACCCUCUGUGAAUGCAAGGAGAGAGCCAGCAAGACCCUCAGCAGGUUUGGGGUCCAGCCGUGCCCCAUCUGCCUGGGAGAUGCACAGGACCCUGUCUGUCUGCCCUGUGACCACGUGUACUGCCUGCGCUGCCUCAGGGCCUGGUUUGCCCCAGGGCAGAUGAUGUGCCCCUACUGUUUAACUGACUUGCCAGACAAUUUCUCUCCAACUGUUUCCCAAAGGCACAGGGAAGUCAUUGAAAAGCAUGCCCGCUUCCGGCAGAUGUGCAACAGCUUCUUCGUAGACCUGGUGUCCACCAUGUGCUUCAAGGACAACGCUCCGCCUGAGAAGGAAGUGAUUGAGAGCCUGCUCUCUCUCCUCUUCGUCCAAAAGGAGCUCUUAAGAGACGCUCCCCAGAGACGCCGUGAACACACAAAAUCUCUCUCUCCAUUCAAUGAUGUUGUGGAUAAGACUCCUGUCAUCCGCUCAGUGAUACUGAAACUGCUUUUGAAGUACAGCUUCGAUGAUGUAAAAGAUUAUAUUCAGGAUUACUUGACCCUGUUAAAAAAGAAAGCAUUCAUAAUUGAAGAUAAAACUGAACUGUACAUGCUCUUCAUCAACUGCCUGGAGGAUUCAAUACGUGAGAAGACCAGUGCUUGCUCCAGAAAUGAUGAACUGAACCACCUAAGAGAGGAAGGUCGUUUCCUUAACACGUAUUCUCCAGUAAGACGUGGCCGAGAGCCGGCCAACGAGGCCUCAGUUGAAUACCUGCAAGAGGUGGCCUGGAUCCGCCUCUGCCUGGACAGAGCUUCAGAUUUCCUCUCGCAGCCUGAGGGAGACCCAGGGAUGGCCGAGGAGAAGCAGUGCUACCUGCAGCAAGUCAAGCACUUCUGCACCCGGGUGGAAAACGACUGGCACCGGGUGUACCUGGUGCGGAAGCUCAGCAGCCAGCGCGGGAUGGAGUUCGUGCAGGGCCUCUCCAAGCCCGGCCAUCCGUGCCAGUGGGUGUUCCCCAAGCAAGUCAUUGAGCAGCAGAAGGACCACCCAGGCCAGAUGGAUAGGUACCUGGUGUACGGCGAUGAAUACAAGGCUCUCCGUGAUGCUGUGGCCAAAGCUGUCCUCGAGUGCAAGCCGCUGGGCAUUGAGACUGCUCUGAAGGCCUGCAAGACCCCCCAAAGCCAGCAGUCAGCCUACUUCCUGUUAACACUGUUUAGAGAGGUGGCUAUUUUGUAUAGAUCCCACAAUGCAAGCCUCCACCCCACGCCAGAGCAAUGUGAAGCUGUGAGCAAAUUCAUUGGCGAAUGCAAGAUCCUUUCACCUCCUGAGAUCAGCCAUUUUGCAACAUCGCUCGUGGACAAUUCUCUGCCAUUGUUGAGGGCGGGCCCCAGUGACAACCACCUUCAGGGAACAGUGACAGAAAUGGCCAUUCAUGCUGCAGCCAUCCUUCUGUGUGGACAGAAUAAAGUCUUGGAACCCCUAAAGAAUCUGGCCUUCUCCCCAGCCAACAUGGCGCAUGCUUUUCUUCCAACCAUGCCUGAAGACUUGCUGGCUCAAGCUCGGAGGUGGAAGGGUCUGGAGGGAGUCCACUGGUACACUUGUCCCAACGGCCAUCCUUGCUCCGUGGGAGAGUGUGGCAAGCCGAUGGAACAGAGCACCUGCAUUGACUGCCAUGCGCCGAUUGGAGGCAUUAAUCACAGACCUCAGGACGGCUUUAACCUGGUCAGCAACAGCACAGACAGAACGCAGACCGGCCACGUGCUAGGUGACCCGCAGCAGAGAGACAUGGUGACGUGUGACCGAGGGCUGCCCCCAGUGGUCUUCAUCCUUAUCCGGCUACUCACUCACUUGGCUCUGCUUCUGGGAGCUUCCCAGAGUUCCCAGGCUCUGAUAAACAUCAUUAAGCCUCCAGUGAGGGAUCCAAAAGGCUUUCUGCAGCAGCACAUCCUGAAGGACCUGGAGCAGUUGACCAAGAUGCUGGGACACAGUGCCGACGAGACCAUCAGUGUGGUCCACCUCGUCUUGCGCAGGCUUCUCCAAGAGCAGCACCAGCUCUCUGGCAAAAGGUUUUUAAAUUUUGACACAAGAUUGUCAACCAAAGAAAUGAGGAACAACUGGGAAAAGGAAAUCGCAGCUGUGAUUUCUCCUGAACUGGAGCAUCUAGAUAAAACCCUUCCCACCAUGAAUAUUCUCAUCAGCCAAGAUAAGCGUAUCAGCUCUAACCCUGUGGCCAAAAUAAUAUAUGGUGACCCAGUGACCUUCCUGCCCCACCUGCCCCGGAAAAGUGUGGUCCAUUGCUCUAAGAUUUGGAGCAGCAGAAAAAGAAUUACAGUUGAGUACCUCCAGCACAUUGUGGAACAGAAAAAUGGCAAAGAAAGAGUGCCCAUCCUCUGGCAUUUCCUGCAGAAGGAAGCAGAGCUGAGGCUGGUGAAGUUCCUGCCUGAGAUUUUGGCCCUGCAAAAAGGUCUAGUGAAGCGGUUCCAGAACGUCCCGCAAGUUGAAUACAGCUCCAUCAGAGGCUUCCUCAGCAGCCACAGCUCAGAGGGGCUGAGGCAGCUACUUCAGAAGAGAAUCACAAUCUUCCUCUCAACAUGGAACAAACUGAGGAGAUCGCUUGAGACGAACGGCGAGAUCAACCUACCCAAAGACUACUGCAGCACUGACUUGGAUCUGGACGCUGAUUUUGAGAUCCUCUUGCCACGCCGACGGGGCCUGGGCCUCUGUGCUACCGCUCUUGUCAGCUACUUGAUUCGCCUACACAAUGAAAUUGUCUACGCGGUGGAAAAACUCUCCGAGGGAAACAAUAGCUAUUCCGUGGAUGCCGCCGAUGUCACUGACCUGCAUGUCAUCAGUUACGAAGUAGAGCGGGACCUGACUCCACUGAUUCUCUCCAACUGCCAGUACCAGGUGGAGCAGGGCAGAGAGACCCUGCAGGAGUUCGACCUGGAGAAGAUUCAGCGGCAGAUCCUCAGCCGCUUCCUCCAGGGCAAGCCCCGGCUGAGCCUCAAGGGAAUACCCACUCUGGUAUACAGACACGACUGGAACUACGAACAUCUCUUUAUGGACAUCAAGAACAAAAUGGCGCAGGACUCCCUCCCCAGCUCGGUCAUUAGUGCCAUCAGUGGACAGCUGCAGUCCUACAGCGAUGCCUGUGAAGCGCUGUCCGUCGUAGAAGUCACUCUGGGGUUUCUGAGCACAGCUGGUGGGGAUCCAAACAUGCACCUGAAUAUGUAUAUUCAAGACGUCCUGAGAAUGGGUGAUCAGACGACUCACGUGUCAAAGGCCUUAGACAGAUGCCAGUUAAAACACACCAUUGCCCUCUGGCAGUUCCUGUCUGCUUAUAAGUCUGAACAGCUGCUGCGGCUGCAGAAAGAGCCAUUUGGGGAAAUCAGUUCAAGAUACAAAGCAGAUCUGAGCCUAGACGAUGCUAAGCUCCUCAGCACAUUCCUAAAUCAGAUUGGCCUAGACGCCUUCCUGCUGGAGCUGCACGAAAUGAUCAUCUUGAAACUAAAGAACCCCCAAACUGAGGGGAGCUUCAACCCUGAGUGGAGCCUGAGAGACACUCUGGUAAGUUACAUGGAAACUAAAGAAAAUGAAAUUCUUCCUGAAAUGGAAUCUCAGUUCCCAGAAAAGAUACUGCUCGCCAGCUGUGUCUCAGUGUGGAAAACAGCUGCUGUGCUGAAACGGGAUCGACAAAUGAGAUAGAAUUAUUUCCUCAGCUGUCUUCGGAUGGCGUGGGAGAGAAGGCUCCUCUCUCCUCUCCUGCGGUGUGGACUUCAUCACGGACUGGUGCUUUUGCAUUCAGAAGGAAAGCUGUCAGCAUAGUACCGAAUUCAAGACCAAGGCGUGCUACAUGAGCUGACAGCUUUUUGAAGGCCGAGCUGUUUCUGGACCAUGUGUGUACAUGUUCUGAAACUUUCUCAUGAGUACUGUUCAUUGGGAAUGACAAUGAAGAUUAGAUGAAAUUGGAAAUAAACCAAUAUUGUUUACAUUCCAAGAGACAAGUAGCUCAGCCACACUCGCAGCAAUGAUCUGUGCCCGCUCGCCUCUGGCACUGCCCACCCCUUUUUUUCUAACUCUGUACUCACAGAAGAAAAUCUCAUUUUCUUCUUUCUUCCAUUCCCUUAAAUUCUGAGUAUUGUACAUAGAUUUCUGGGUUUCCAAGAUGAUGUGAAAAACUGCCAGACUGUUUUUCGUCUUCUCACAAAGACAAGAAAAAUCAGGGCAUUUUAUGAGUGCCUUAAGAUCAAACUAACCAGAUCUGACCCACGCCCUCCCAAUGAGUCACAGACCGAUUUUAGAGGGUCAGAGCCAAAAGCCUCACUGUGAAAAGCACUGGACUUGGACCAGGGACACCAUCAGGGCCUUGGUUUCCUCAUGCUUAAAAUGGAGAGUGGACUAAUCACCAAAGAUUCUUCUGAUCUAAUAUUUUGAAAUUGUAAGAGAAAACUAGAUGACUGUAAACUCGGUCACAGGCCUGGUUCUGGCAGUUCUUUGGGGAGUUUUUGUGGCAUUAUGCCAAAUAAACAUGCAGUCUCAGCGUGCUCUCGCUUGUGUGAGUAUGUAGUCCUUUGUGUGGUUCUCGGCCACGGCAUAAAAACUGAGACUCAGCACAUCAAAAUCAGUUACGUUUCCGAAAGAGGGAAGAGUCCCCGGGUCCGGAUCUCGUGCUGCUUUUCUCACUGAAGUGCUGCCUUUUUUCUUUCCAAAAUCUGCUUUGAUACUUAGGACCUCUCUGGACUAAUUUCUCUUCCUAGACAGCUCAGCACAGCUGUUGAUAAGUUAGAGGCAGUAUCCUUAAUAUUCAUUCUAAACGAGUUAACGACUUAACUUGAAAUUGGGCCCAAGGAGUGAGAGCUACAAAAAUAGAAAAUGCUUGUUCAGGACUCAGCCAUGCACACCUUGCGCAGCGCUGGCAGGAGGCACGGAAGGAGCUGUGCUCCGUUCUCCUCACUGUGAUGGUGCCGCCACAGGGUCUGAUGAAGGGCAGAGUGACCCAGACUGCAGGCAGGAACUGACUUACACAGUCCCUGGCAUUUAGUCAUCCGUGAUUGUUUUAUCAUUCUGGACUGUGCAGAGCCACCUGCCACCGAGAUCUGCAUUCCGACUGCCUGUGAGCGGGUGUGGGGGCCAGGGGCUGGCCUGCUGAAGUCUUCAAACUUGCACUCGGAGCUCCUUUGAUACCUCAGGGCUGGCCGUGAGGUGGCAGCUCAAACCCAGACUCGCUUGGCCACACCUCAGCAGCAGGGAGUCCACUGUCAGCCUCUUUCUGUUAAGGCUUUUUUUUUUCCUUUGGCCUGGGAAUUUUUCCCAUUUUUAUGAAGAGUUUUAAACUGUUUCAUUUUGUACGCUGUGCUUCAAAGCCUUAACUGUCAUAUCUUGCAUUAUGUUGUUUGUACAUAAAUAUACUGGCCUAGCAGAGGCAAAACAAAGUGAAUUUUAUUUUACUUGUCAUACCUGUCUUAAUAAACCAGAGUUUUGCUGCUAAA